UUUUUAUGCAAGAGAGAGGAGGCGACGUUGCCAAGUCAUCAUGGGGUGUUGAUUGUUUAGCGGGAAAUUUGCAAUGUGUCCCUAGCUGAUAAUGUUUUGACGGGAAAAUUUACUGUAUUCCACCUUAUGUAUUCUCUAUUAAUGUUUUCAACAGUGGGAUUAAACAAGAUAGAGAUAGAUGAAAAAUUGUACCAAGUUCAUAAGAAAUCGAAGCGAAUGCGAAUCAUCGUCAGGAAACAAUGUGCCGUAUCGUAAUAGAACAAGCGUCUAUAUAUAAAGCCCGCUACAUACAAGUAUACUCUGCUCGCCAAAUAAAAUAUUCCAAGCGCGCGAGCACAUCAGAGUCGCAAAGAACGGUCCAAGGUAUAAGUAUCCGAGAUCGGCGUGUACUGCACGCGAUAUGUAACACGUUAUGUUACCUCCCCUCCUCCUUCGCCGUUUUUCUAACAUCAGCCGCGCGACGAAGCGUCUCCGCUCAGACGGCCGACUAUACCACACAUAUAUAUAUAUCUAUAUAUACAGUGUGUCAGCAGCGAGGAUCGCCAGAGGAGCGUAUCGCCACGCCACGGGGGACGUCACCUUUAUUAACUCGCGGCAAGCGAACGCGACUGCAUCAGCACUGCCUCCUCGUCGCCGUUGUGUAUAUAUAUUUACCUACUAUAAUACACACUCGCUUGAGAAGACAACAAUAACAACAGCAGCAACGGCUCGACAACGACGUCCAGCAGACUGGCAAAAUGACUUCCAAUAACAUGUGUGAUAUCAAAGAUGACGUGAAAGACGCUUUAAAAGAAUUCAGAUUUCGGAAAAAUCCAAAGAACGCAGCUCUAUUGUUAAAAGUUGACAGAGAAAAACAAAAAAUUUGCGUAGACGAACUCAUAGAGAACGUUCAAAUAGAAGAAUUGCAGGAUAUCAUUCCUGAACACGAACCCAGAUACAUCAUUUACACUUAUAAAAUGGAGCACUCAGAUGGCAGAAUCUCUUAUCCUAUGUGUUUCAUAUUUUAUACUCCCAGUAAUAUUCAAAUGGAAUUGCAAGUACUGUAUGCUGGCAUGAAGUUAGUUUUACAAAGAGAAGCAGGUCUUACUAGAGUCUAUGAAGUCCGUGAGUUGGAAGAGCUAACGGAAGAUUGGCUCAAAGAAAAAUUAAGCAGGUAGAAGAAUGUGACUUUUUAGAGAAAUUUUUUACUAUUAUUAUACUUGUCUCAUUAUUGAGAUUAUUUCGUAUUUUAUUGCAUUUACAAAUACACUAUAAAGUAUUUAUAUGAUUAUUGAUGAUGAUACUCCAUGUUCAAGUGAUCAGAUUUUAUAAUGUUUAUAUACAUUUAGCAAUAUAUAUUAUUAAGAAAAAUUUUGUAUGCAACACAUUCUAGUUAAUUGCAAAAGCCGAGCCGUUUGAUAUAAAUAUUAUUCAUGUGUCAGAAAUUUUUUAUAAAAAAAAUGUGCAUGCCAUUUAAUGCAACUUGGAUAGCUAGUCAUCUUAGUGGAAGACAAUAGUAGGCUUUAAGCACUUAACCAAAAUGUCAAUUGGAGGAUAAACAUACAACAAAAAGUGACUUUUCACAACCAAGAUAUUUAAUGUAUGAAAAUAUAAAACCUACAUUUGAUGUUAUUUGUAUAUGUAUGUUUUUUAUCAAACCGUGUUAAAAAUGUUGUUUUUUGUUGUAAAGGAUUUUUCAAGAUUAUCAUUUUCUUAUUGUAUGUACAUUGCAUUAUCAGUAUAGUUAAGUAAAACUCUAAAAUUAUAACACAGCUUUCCUUGGUUUCACCAUAAUAUACAGCUUUUGGUUGAUCUAGGCAUACAUUAAUUCUACAAUACAAUAUUUUUGUGCUUCUUUUUCAUGAAAAGUUUAAUAUGAAAAUUCAUACCAGUUAAUUUACAAAUUGUUGAUUUAUUCAGUAAUAAAAACAUAAAUAAUUAAUCAAACUAAGUUGCAAUGGAUAUUAUACAAAAACUGUUUAAACAGUGAAAAUCUCUGAAGCACAGUAGCAAAGUAUUAAUGUAAAAAUAAUAUAAUAGGAGACAUACCAAUGAUAUUUACAAACAACAUAAAAGUACUUUAAUCAUAUAAAAAGCAUUAUUUAUUAUUCUCCUUAUUGAUAACGCACAGAGUUCAAGACAGCAGAUAUUUUAUUGGAUCAAUGAACUGAUCAUUCUGAAAAAAAAAAUAAAUUUUAAAAACAUGAAAAAA